GUCCUCCACACCAGGGUAGUGUAAAACAGAAGGUCCUCCACACCAGGACAGUGUACAACAGAAGGUCCUCCACACCAGGACAGUCUAAAACAGAAGGUCCUCCACACCAGGUCAGUGUACAACAGAAGGUCAUCCACACCAGGACAGUGUACAACAGAAGGUCCUCCACACCAGGACAGUGUACAACAGAAGGUCCUCCACACCAGGACAGUGUACAACAGAAGGUCCUCCACACCAGGUCAGUGUACAACAGAAGGUCCUCCACACCAGGACAGUGUACAACAGAAGGUCCUCCACACCAGGACAGUGUACAACAGAAGGUCCUCCACACCAGGUCAGUGUACAACAGAAGGUCCUCCACACCAGGACAGUGUACAACAGAAGGUCAUCCACACCAGGACAGUGUACAACAGAAGGUCCUCCACACCAGGACAGUGUACAACAGAAGGUCCUCCACACCAGGACAGUGUACAACAGAAGGUCAUCCACACCAUGACAGUGUUAAACAGAAGGUCCUCCACACCAGGACAGUGUACAACAGAAGGUCAUCCACACCAGGACAGUGUUAAACAGAAGGUCAUCCACACCAGGGCAGUGUAAAACAGAAGGUCAUCCACACCAGGGCAGUGUAAAACAGAAGGUCCUCCACACCAGGACAGUGUACAACAGAAGGUCCUCCACACCAGGACAGUGUACAACGGAAGGUCAUCCACACCAGGGUAGUGUACAACAGAAGGUCCUCCACACCAGGACAGUGUACAACAGAAGGUCCUCCACACCAGGGCAGUGUACAACAGAAGGUCCUCCACACCAGGACAGUGUACAACAGAAGGUCCUCCACACCAGGGCAGUGUACAACAGAAGGUCCUCCACACCAGGACAGUGUACAACAGAAGGUCCUCCACACCAGGGCAGUGUACAACAGAAGGUCCUCCACACCAGGGCAGUGUACAACAGAAGGUCCUCCACACCAGGGCAGUGUACAGUGUACGCAAACUGGUAGUGGCAGAGGAGCUCCCAGACAUUCUUGAUGAGUUUGAGAGAGAGCCGAGCAGAUUGUAGCUGUGACUGUUGAUAAUGCUGUUAAUAUGGAUGUUGCCAUCAAGAGGCUACACAUCCUAAAAAUCGGAUGCUUUGCACACACACUGAAUCUGGCAGCUCGGAAAAUCUACUAAAUGACUUCCAUUGAUAAAUGGGCAGCCUGAAUCAGAGCAGUGGUCGUGUGGUUCAAGAGAUCCUCGAUGUCGAGCCCCAAUCAGAGCAGUGGUCGUGUGGUUCAAGAGAUCCUCGAUGUCCAGCCCCAAUCAGAGCAGUGGUCGUGUGGUUCAAGAGAUCCUCGAUGUCCAGCCCCAAUCAGAGCAGUGGUCGUGUGGUUCAGGAGAUCCUCGAUGUCCAGCCCCAAUCAGAGCAGUGGUCGUAUGGUUCAGGAGAUCCUCGAUGUCCAGCCCCAAUCAGAGCAGUGGUCGUAUGGUUCAGGAGAUCCUCGAUGUCCAGCCCCAAUCAGAGCAGUGGUCGUAUGGUUCAGGAGAUCCUCGAUGUCCAGCCCCAAUCAGAGCAGUGGUCGUGUGGUUCAGGAGAUCCUCGAUGUCCAGCCCCAAUCAGAGCAGUGGUCGUAUGGUUCAGGAGAUCCUCGAUAUCCAGCCCCAAUCAGAGCAGUGGUCGUGUGGUUCAGGAGAUCCUCAAUGUCCAGCCCCAAUCAGAGCAGUGGUCGUGUGGUUCAGGAGAUCCUCGAUGUCCAGCCCCAAUCAGAGCAGUGGUCGUAUGGUUCAAGAGAUCCUCGAUGUCCAGCCCCAAUCAGAGCAGUGGUCGUGUGGUUCAAGAGAUCCUCGAUGUCCAGCCCCAAUCAGAGCAGUGGUCGUAUGGUUCAGGAGAUCCUCGAUGUCCAGCCCCAAUCAGAGCAGUGGUCGUGUGGUUCAGGAGAUCCUCGAUGUCCAGCCCCAAUCAGAGCAGUGGUCGUAUGGUUCAGGAGAUCCUCGAUGUCCAAAACAGUCUUGAAGGAGAAGCAGCAGCUCCUUGGCCUUCUGCAAUACUCACUCCUACUUGCUGUGAAGACCAGAUGGAACUUUAUCUAAUGAGAGAUUCCUGGUGCAGUAUCCAGCGACCCAAGCAGCAGCCUUGGACCCACGACUGCAAAAAGCAAUGACCAAGGCCAACCUGGA